ACUAGCGAAAUACCUCUAACAGUAAACUAUUCCCAACUUCCUGUCAAUCGCUUCAAUUACUGUACUAAUACUGCACUACACAGCGUACCUGGAGGCUAUUCACAAACACAGCUCCUCCUACAGGUAUAAUUCAGGUCUGAUCGAUAUACUUAAGCUCGUACUUAUCCUCGCUCUCAGUGGCGGCCGGUUAACCUACCCUGACUCCAACCACAUCACAAUUCCGAUUCCUCCUAUUCUCUUCCACCAUCUCCAAGGAGACGUCUAAUUGCCACUCAUUCCGCCUAUAUUGUCAGGCGAGCUUAGAUGGACAGGGAUAGGGUUGCAAAGUGGGCUGCGGGCCCAAGUUACGGCCCGGUGUUGUCUCAAACGGAUCUUUACUUGCUCAGGGACAUUCAGUUGGAAAUACAUCCUGUUUUGGCGAAUAUAGAUGAAGGGUUUCAGCUCAACUUUGAUCUCAGUACUGGACAUACCUCCGGUCACAGGCCUGGGGGCGAUCGUGACUUGGAGUUCACUGCAAAAUCGGAACCGGCUACAAUACCUCGCGUCUCUGAGUUGAUGAUUAUCACACAUAAGAGCCCAUGGUGCACUAUUGUCAAGAAUCCUGAAGGCGUUACUUGCGGUGACAUCUGUGAGACUCUGUUCCGAGAGUACACGGAGAGGGAGGUCACACAAGCCGAAUUAAACAGUCUUCCUCCACGAGCACAGGACAGCAUUAACCGAUUUCGCGAUACUGCUAUGCGCCAUGGCGCACAAUGGGGUCCUGGAGCAUACUUCAACCAACCCCCUGCCCCUGGUAUGACCCGUCGUGUAGAUUGGUUGACUGACUAUUCCAUCUUCGAAAGAUUGUCACAUGAUGCUGGAUAUGCACGAACAAGGCUUGGAUUCUCUGCGCCAAAUAUUCUAGUCCUGCAACUCACUAGAUACUAGCUCUACAUCCUGCAUUUCCGAUCGCUUGAAAUCUUCUCGCUCUCAUUCACAAUCAACUUAUUGUUCUUUCUUCCACAUCUACUUUCAUAAGCUAUGCCAUUUGGAUCUUUGAACUUGUAGCCGGUUAACCUUCCCCGUUGUAUUUGUCUUUGUACCCAUCCUUCCAUUCUGACGUGCCCAAUGAGAUCUCUUUUAUGAUCGCCCACG